UAUCUUUGGUAGUGCUCUUUAGCUGUGUUUGCUCAAAGAAAUAUGAAGUAUAUACCAGAGGUUGGGUUGUGGGUGUUUUUUUCUGCAGAGAUGGAGUGAUAUUUCCUCUCAUGAUCACGUGGUUAAAGGGAAACCAUAUAAGCAUGUGAAGAUGACUCUGGUUGUUAAUGUUGCUGUGCUACAAGGACCAAGAGCCAUAACAGUGACUGAGAGGUUUCUAACAUCUCUUUAAAAUGGAUUACACGGGAGAGCCAUUUACAGCCUCAAUGACCACAGAGUCUGAAUAUUCUGGGAGUGAACCAUCAGACUACACGGAGGAUUAUGAUGCAGGCCCGACUGAGAUGUCAGGCAUGUGUAACAAAGGUUGGGUCAGGCAGUAUCGUGGUCUGUACGAAUCCCCUUUCUACUGGAUGAUCUUUAUCCUUGGUGCUGUGGGUAACAGUAUGGUAGUUUGGAUCUACAUCAGCAUACGUAAUCGCCUGAAAACCAUGACCGAUGUGUACCUGCUCAGCCUGGCUGUGGCUGACCUCCUCUUCCUGUGCACGCUGCCCUUCUGGGCCGCUGAUGCUGUUGUGGGCUGGAACUUUGGGACCCAUAUGUGCAGAUUUGUCUCUGCCAUCUAUAAAAUCAACUUCUUCAGCAGUAUGUUCCUCCUCACCUGCAUCAGCGUGGACCGUUACAUUGCUAUUGUCCAAGUCACCAAGGCGCAGAACCUGAAGAAAAAGAGGUUGUCCUACAGCAAAGUGGCCUGCGGGUUUGUCUGGUCUCUUGCUCUGCUCCUUUCCCUUCCGGAGUUCAUCUUCGGCCAAGUAAAGACCCACCAAAAUGGACAAUCCUCCUGUACUAUGGUCUACUGGAGCAACAUAAACAACAAGACCAAGAUCCUUGUUCUGUCCCUGCAGAUCUGCAUGGGCUUCUUCCUUCCUCUCCUAGUCAUGGUCUUCUGUUACUCUGUAAUCAUUCACACUCUUCUGCAGGCCAGAAACUUUGAAAAGCACAAGGCCCUGCGUGUCAUUUUUGCUGUGGUGUUUGUGUUUGUCCUCUCCCAGCUGCCACACAACAGUCUGCUCAUAGUGGAGGCCGCGCAGGCAGCCAAUACGACCAUCACUGACUGUGACACCGUCAUUCGUUUUGAUGUAGCUGGACAGAUUGCAAAGAUCCUGGCGUACACUCACGCCUGCCUAAACCCGUUACUGUACGUCUUCGUCGGGGUUCGGUUCAAACAAGACCUGCUGAGGGUUGCGAAGACGUGUGCUAGUUGUGUCAGUAAAGGAGGAGUUGGUAAAACACAGGGAGUUCCUAAACGUCCUUCUGUCAUGUCAGAUACUGAAACUACCCCGGCCCUUUCACUAUAAAAGCUCAUUGUUUCACAAACCUGAUACCACAGCCUCCUUAAACAUGAUCCCACUUUCAUUUUGGUCCUUGUGCAUUAAAUAUAAACUCUGAGAGCAAUAUAACUGACCCCACUCAUUGCAUUCAUUAUCCUGGAAUCACUGUAUAGACUGUAUAAUAGUGUAAAUACUUUUUUAAGUGUUUUUUUUUUCAAAGUUGUUCCAUCAUGUGUUUUUCAUCUUCUGCUGGAAAUGAAUAUAAACUGUAUUUUUGAUUAUUUGAUGCAAAACAUUGAUUAAAGAUGUGA